UGAAGUGAAAAUUCCACCUUACUAAUUUAACCGGACCUUCAUGAACACUCCUUCUGAAGCAAAACCGGUCCACACGAACCGCCCGACAUUGAAGAAGAGCGAUCAUCUUCUUCCUCUCUUCCGUUCGAGUUCCGAUACUCUGUGAUUAUCAGGCGCGAACGAGUACUGAUAAUUUAGCAGCUUCUCUUCGCGAACAAUGGCGACAACUGACAAGCAGAGUGCUCUGGAUUUCAUCAACCAGAUGUUUCCAACAGAGACUUCUCUAUCUGGUGUUGAUCCCCUUAUGCAAAAAAUACAUAGUGAAAUUCGUAGAGUAGAUGCUGAGAUUUUGACAGCCGUUCGUCAGCAGAGUAACUCAGGGAGCAAGGCCCGUGAGGAUCUUGCUGCAGCAACUCAUGCGGUUCAGGAACUCAUUCAUAAAAUGCAAGAAAUAAAAACCAAAGCAGAACAAAGUGAAACCAUGGUUCAGGAAAUAUGCCGUGACAUCAAGAAACUGGAUUUUGCGAAGAAGCAUAUAACUACAACUAUUACAGCCCUUCAUCGUCUUACUAUGCUAGUAUCUGCUGUAGAACAACUUCAAGUUAUGGCGUCUAAAAGACAAUACAAGGAGGCAGCUGCACAGCUCGAGGCUGUCAACCAGCUGUGCAGCCAUUUUGAAGCUUAUAGAGAUUUUGAGAAGAUCACAGAGCUUAGGGAGAAGUUUAAGAGCAUCAAACAAAUUCUGAAGUCACAUGUGUUCUCGGACUUCUCUAGCUUAGGCACAGGGAAAGAGACUGAAGAAACUAAUUUACUACAGCAGCUAUCAGAUGCAUGCCUAGUUGUUGAUGCUUUGGAGCCAUCAGUCAGGGAAGACUUGGUAAAGAAUUUUUGCAGCAGGGAACUUACUUCAUAUCAGCAAAUUUUUGAGGGAGCAGAAUUGGCAAAGCUGGACAAAACAGAAAGAAGAUAUGCAUGGAUCAAACGUCGACUAAGAAGCAAUGAGGAGAUUUGGAAAAUUUUCCCAUCUUCAUGGCAUGUUUCCUAUCUGCUCUGUAUCCAGUUCUGCAAGUUGACGAGGACACAAAUUGUGGAUAUCCUCAACAAUCUUAGAGAAAAGCCAGAUGUUGGAAUAUUGUUACUGGCAUUGCAACGAACUCUAGAGUUUGAGGAAGAAUUAGCAGAGAAAUUUGGUGGUGGAAGUCAUAGCAGAGAAUCAGGAAAUGAAAUUGGGGAAGAUAUUGUGGGAGAUAACAAUCAGAUUGUUUCAGACAUUCGAAAGAAAUAUGAGAAAAAGCUUGGUGCACAUAACCGAAGUGAGAAUGAGGAAAAGGAUGGCUACAAAGAUUUUUCAGUUCCUGGUGCUGGGUUCAAUUUUAGAGGGAUCAUUUCGUCAUGCUUUGAAGCUUAUUUGGGGGUAUAUGUGGAACUGGAAGAGAAGACACUUAUGGAGCAUUUGGAGAAACUUAUCCAGGAAGAAACAUGGGACAUUGAAGAGGGAAGUCAAACAAAUAUUUUAUCCAGCAGUAUGCAGGUCUUUUUGAUUAUUAGGAGGAGCUUAAAGAGAUGCAGUGCUUUGACAAAAAGCCAGACGUUGUUUAAUUUGUUCAAGGUAUUCCAAAGAAUUCUUAAGGCAUAUGCUACGAAACUUUAUGCAAGAUUGCCGAAGGGUGGCACAGGAAUUGUAGCAGCUGCCACAGGGAUGGAUGGCCAAAUCAAAACAUCUGACAAGGAUGAACGUCUUAUCUGUUAUAUAGUUAACACAGCUGAAUAUUGCCACAAGACGUCAGAGGAGUUGGCUGAAAAUGUGUCCAAAAUAGUUGAUCCGCAAUUUGCAGAUAGGAUUGACAUGUCUGAAGUACAGGACGAGUUCUCAGCAGUUAUAACAAAAGCAUUGAUAACACUUGUAAAUGGUAUUGAAACUAAAUUUGAUGCUGAAAUGGCUUCAAUGACACGUGUUCCUUGGGGCACGCUUGAGAAUGUUGGGGACCAAUCUGAAUAUGUGAAUGCCAUAAACAUAAUCGUGGGUGCUAGCAUUCCUGUGCUUGGACGGCUUCUUUCUCCUAUAUACUUCCAGUUCUUUCUUGAUAAGCUUGCUUCAUCUCUUGGUCCACGAUUCUACCUCAAUAUUUUCAAAUGCAAGCAAAUAUCUGAGACAGGAGCGCAACAAAUGCUGCUCGAUACACAAGCUGUAAAAACAAUUCUUCUGGAAAUUCCUUCCCUUGGAAAACAGGUAUCUGCUGUUACUGGCUACUCAAAAUUCGUAAGCCGCGAAAUGAGCAAAGCUGAAGCACUCUUAAAGGUCAUAUUGUCCCCUAUAGACUCUGUAGCAGAUACAUAUUGUGCUCUGCUGCCUGAGGGUACACCUGGAGAGUUCCAGCGGAUUCUCGAUCUAAAGGGCCUCAAAAGGGUUGACCAACAAAGCAUACUAGACGAUUAUAACAAACGUGGAGCAGGGACUUAUCAACCAUCCAUGAAGACAGCAAUUCCAGCCACAUCUAACACCUCGAUUGCACCUAAUCCAUCGACAAAUGCAGGAAUAAUUCCUCUGAAGGAAGAAAUAGUGGCAAGAGCUGCUGCACUUGGGAGAGGUGCUGCCACAAACGGAAUCAGGAGAAUUCUAGCUUUGACCGAGUCAACUACCAGAGACCGUAAAGAUGGACCCCUCAGAAAGCUCUUCACUGGUUGAUCAAAAAACGUGAAGGCGUUAACAUCAUUUGCCCUACUCUGGUUAGGUUUUGUUUCCUCUCUUGGAGUGCCGUAUAAUAUCUUUCUAACUUAUUGUCUUUAUAUUUACUCAUAAGAAACUUUUUUAUAGUAUGGGAAGUAACGAAGUUACAUCAUGUGCCUACUCUGGUUAGGUUCCUUUCCUUUCUCUCGAGUUUUUUUUUUGGGGAUUUCUUGAUAUGCAGCUUCCUGAUUAGUAAUUUUUUUUUUUCCGAGUUUUCUAUUUGCGAACUUAAGAAUGUAUUUAUUUGUGUACUUAUAUGCGAUGUAUGGCUCUUUUUUUGCAACAAUUUGAUGAAUUGAAAGUAUCAUGUGCAGUGCAUAUAUUUAGAAGUUGAGUAUGCUAGUAAUAUUUGCCAACUGCUUUAUAUAGAUUUUAAACUUUAAUUUA